UGCCGAAUGGAUUUUGUAUGGGAGAAUAAAUCUUUUUGAAUUUUUUUUUCUUUUUUUCUUCUCGUGUAUGAACAUAAAUUUAGUACAAAAGGAUUAUGGGUAAAAGACCAACAUAGUUUCAGUCGACAAAACUACGCUACCCUGAUUAAUAUCCGUGAUGAGACUUUAACACAAUGUACCCUUAAAAGUGGGCAUUUGUUCUCAAAAGAUGUUUAUUAUGUAAGAAAAAACAAUUCUAACUUCAUGAGAAAGUUUCUAACGAAUAAUACUCUGAAUUUCGUGCCGUGCUUACUCAGCUCAGGAUAAUGAGGUGAUAGUUCUACUGUGGUAAGGCGGUAUUUAUAUAUAAUUUGACUCUAUCAAUUUUCGUGGUUAAUACUGUUUGGAUCUUUUAAAUACUGGGUAUCGAUAGGAAGAGCAAAAAUUUACUUUAAACUAGCUAAAGAAAUUGGAAAUAUACCAAAUGAGUAAUCCAACCUCUGAGAUCCCUGCUUUAAAAGCAAGCGGGAAACCGCCGCGUAGCAAUCCCCCAAUGUCUUUAAUUCACGAAGUGUUAUUUGUAUUUAUUACUACUAGUGCUCAACUCAUGACUCAGGCUGGAUUGGGUCAAUCAAUUGCUCCAAGCCAUAUAAUUGGGAAAGCAUUAGGGACAACGAAUAGCGGUCAAUUGAGUUGGUUUCCGGCUUCUUACAGCUUGACUGUAGGUACAUUUAUAUUAAUUGCUGGAAAGCUCGGUGAUAUGUUUGGCCACAAGAAAAUAUUUAUUUGUGGAUACGCCUGGUAUAGUUUAUGGUCCUUAAUAUCGGGAUUUAGUGUUUACGCUAAAUCAAUUAUAAUGUACGAUGUUUGUCGAGCAUUCACUGGAAUUGCUCCUGCAUUCUUAUUACCCAAUGGUUUAGCUAUCCUUGGUAGGGUUUAUCCUCCUGGAAAAAGAAAACAAUUAGCGUUUUGCGCUUUUGGAGCUACAGCACCGAAUGGAUUUCUUUUGGGUGCAGUGUUCUCGGGAAUUUUUGCACAACUGUCGUGGUGGCCUUGGGCAUAUUGGUCUACGUGUAUUAUAUGCGUUGCUUUUUGUUUCGCGAGUUAUUUCAUUAUUCCGGACAUCAAGGAAGAAGAUGAGCAUAAGGAAACAUCCGGAAUGAAGCAUUUCGAUUUUCUCGGGUCAUUCUUUGGUAUUGCGGGUUUGGUGCUUAUCAAUUUUGCAUGGAAUCAAGGCCCUGUCGUUGGCUGGCAAGUACCCUAUGUAUAUGUAUUAUUGAUUGUUGGAGUUUUGUCUAUAAUAGUUUUUGUAUAUGUUGAACAUAAAGCAAUCCAACCCCUCUUACCACCAGAUGCAUUUUCCGGGGAAAUUGGGUUUAUUCUUAUAUGUGUAGCAGCUGGCUGGGCUUGCUUUGGGAUCUGGAUAUACUAUUUAUGGAAUUUUCUUGAAGUAUUGCGAAGUAACUCCCCAUUAUUAACAGUCGCUCAAAUAACGCCCGUCGGUAUUAGUGGCUGUCUCGCUGCUGCUACUACAGGUAAAUUAUUAUCCCGCUUCAGACCCAUAGUCUGUAUGAUCAUUUCUAUGAUUGCAUUUACUGUUGGAACUAUUUUGUUGGCAACGGCGCCUAUACAUCAAACAUAUUGGGCACAAACUUUUGUUUCCACUAUUGUAACUCCUUGGGGUAUGGAUAUGAGUUUUCCAGCUGCAACCUUAGUAAUCAGUGACUUUGUUUCUAAAGAUAAUCAAGGUAUUGCCGCGUCUCUUGUGAGUACCGUUGUAAAUUAUUCAAUUUCAAUAGGACUCGGCAUUGCCGGUACUAUUGAAACGCAUCUUAACCAUAAGGGAUCCAAUGUUUUGAGGGGAUACAGAAGUGCUUGGUAUAUGGGAAUUGGGUUUGGUGGUCUUGGUGUCGGCGUUUCUCUAAUUGCAGCUGUUUUUAUAUUCUCAAAAUCUAAAAGACAAAGUGUCGGAGUUGAAAGUUUAAAAUCAACUGAUGAAAAGAAAGUUGUUACGUCGGUCUAAAUAUAGAUCUCUUUUUGAGGACUCUUCCCUGAAAUUACUUGAUUAAUGGUUCGUCCUUAUUUAUGUUGAUCUGUUUUUCUAUAUACUUACCUUGAGUCAAGUAUUCAUCAAAAAGAUAUCUAACUUUAAUUAAAUUUUUAAUUAUAAGUGUUUUAAUGUCCUCCAUUGCGAAAAUGCGUUAUGUAUGACCUCCCGGGUCACGAACAGAAUCAUCAACACCAAUGAAGCGCUUAAUUGAAUUAAAUAUGUUUGAUGAUCAUUGACCUCUUCAAAUACUGGCUAAGUAAGCGUUGAAUACAAGCCAUCAUGUUCGGGAUAUCUCUUGUAUACAUUCCUCCUAUUCGCAACUUGGUAGUUACUCAUGUUGUUCCUUACGCUACUGAAUUAUUCGAAAGCGAACGAUGCUCACGCUCCAUCGUAUGGGAUAUGAUUUGAAAAGUACCGAGCGAUCUUUGGGAUAGCUAAUCCCACGUUUUGUUUUUACUAUACACCUGGAGACUGACGAUGCGAUUCGCUAUGGAAGACAAAGGCAACCGAAAAUAUGUAAAUUACAUCGCAAGUACCUCAUGAUCUUCGUUUAAGCCAUUCACUACAGAUUCUUAUCCUUUUCAACGAAAUCACAGUUAUGCUCUUUAAAAUUAAGCAGAUACUGACCUCCCUAGAGAUAUCCUUGCAAAGGACGGAGGAUCCAUUGUCAUUGAUUUUGAUGAAUUUACAGACCCUUCUUAAUUGGAUGCUUUCAAUAUUGAUUGGGCCUAUAAAUAUCGGGGUAAGUCCGAGCCAGCUAUCAAGCCUAAAACGAAAGAAAAAAUGAGUCAGGCACUCAAAUAUUGUUAUUUUCGUCAACCUGCUGUUGUUCCUUAAGAAGGAAACACAUGUUUCAUUGGUGGCUCUAUCCCUAUUUUUGAUGAAAUCGUUUUAAGCUUGGGCUAUAUGAAUAAUACUCAUUAUUUUGAGGAACUUUCUAGCAUUCUCAACUUAAGCACUGGUGUCAUUUUGGAGGAGCAAUAAUUUGACUGAAAAAGAACAUAUUUUUUCACAUUAUAUUAAUGCAAAAAAAAAAGUUGUCAAGUCGGUAAUUGCGCUGCGAUUUCAGCAGGUGUCUUCGUUUAAUGCGAUAUGUGAUCUUCAAGGAAAAAUUAUUGGUAUAAAGUUGUUGUACCUGAUGGUACCAUCUAAAACAACUUGGUGGAAGUACGUAAGAUAACACUGGCUUAGAUGUCAAGCAGCUUUUCAUAGGAAGCAAGGGCUAUUUAGGAAUUAUCAUUUCCAUUAAGUUUAGCUUUCCUCAAAGGUGCCGUUUUUUGAACAUGGCUUUCUUUGGCGUAUCCUGUUACGAAAAUAUACUGAAAUCCUUUUCUAUGGCUAAAUACCAUAACUCGGAAUUUCUUUCUUCUUUUAAUAAUGAACAAAACUUCAAAACGUUAAGUUGAUGCUCACAAUUCAACCUCUUGCCCUGUUAAAGAAGAACGACUUUUUAUAUUCGCGUUAAAACGCAAGAAUCCAAUAAAGGAUACCACUUUUAAAAGCUUAAUAAAUUAGGUGAAGGUUUAAUUGGAGAAAACGUAAUUUAGCAAAGGUGUGCUUGCUCAAGAUGACAAUCGAUUAAGUGAAAAUAUGACGCGUCGAGAGGGCACCGCCUAAUGUCUACAGGAAGUUAGUUCUGGUUUUCAUAAAUACGACUUUUCUUACCUUUGAGAGUUUUAUAUGAUGUAAUGCCUGCUGCGAAGGGAAAAUAUUGAUUUAAAUAUGAUUGAUGAAGCUGCUAAACAGCCAAUCGUGGACGUCGUAGAAUUUGGUCACAUAGGUGAUGGAUUUUUCACUCAAAUCGAAAAUGCUCUUGGACCUUGGGUGUUUGAAUGGGUUGCGUCCAAUUUUAUCUGAACAUGAUCUUGAUUUUAAAAAUAACCCAGCUGUUGGGUACUUUAAAUCGCAUGAAAUGAUUUCUUCGAUGAUAACUCUGAGAAAAUUAUUGAUCCUGAAGGAUUAUUGUAUGAAGUAUAACCUAACCUUUAUAUAGUACGUUUACUAGCAGACAGUAGCCUACAAGUACAUUCAACAGUUCUAUCUGCUAUCCUUCCUCUGUUAUUUAAUCAAGCAAAUUAUUGUAUAACCUAUGCUUGUCGGUGUAUAACUCAUUUCCUAAAGUAACAAAAGUAAUCAAUAAAAUGUGUACAAAUUUUCAAUAUAUUGGC